AUGAACCCCGACUAUGACUAUCUCUUCAAGCUGUUACUUAUUGGGGAUUCUGGAGCUGGUAAAUCCUGUCUUUUACUCCGCUUCUCGAUCUCUUUUCAAAAUGUGCAAACCUGGCUCUCUGAAAUUAACCGUUACGCCAAUCCCUCAGUCAACCGACUUCUGGUUGGUAACAAAUCUGACCUCGAAUCUAAACGGGCCGUACCUUACGAGGAGGGGAAGAAAUACGCUGACAAUUUGGGCAUUCCCUUUUUGGAAACCAGUGCCAAGACUGCCUCCAACGUUCAGGAAGCCUUUAUUAAGAUGGCCGUUGAAAUCAAGAAGUCCGGAACUAACAUGUCGGGUUCAGCGGCUCAAACUGUCACCGUGGGAGCGUCGACGCCCAUCAAAAAGGAGGGGGGGUGUUGUUAA